GACAGAUUGAUUCACUUUGGAGCCGUAAGUACUGAUGUAUUAGGGUGCAGCCCUCGUUGUUCAUUGACGCAGAGCCCCAAAAUGAGUGUCCAAGAGCAGGGUUUCCCCUUGGACCUCGGAGCAAGUUUCACCGAAGAUGCCCCCCGGCCCCCAGUGCCUGGUGAGGAGGGUGAACUGGUGUCCACAGACCCCAGGCCCGUCAGCCACAGCUUCUGCUCCGGGAAAGGCCCCGGGAUCAAAGGUGAGACAUCAACAGCCACUCCGAGGCGCUCGGAUCUGGACCUGGGGUACGAGCCCGAGGGCAGCGCCUCCCCCACCCCCCCGUACUUGAAGUGGGCCGAGUCACUGCACUCCUUGCUAGACGAUCAAGAUGGGAUAAACCUGUUUAGGACUUUCCUGAAGCAGGAGGACUGUGCUGACCUGCUGGACUUCUGGUUUGCCUGCAGCGGCUUCAGGAAGCUGGAGCCCUGUGACUCGAAUGAGGAAAAGAGGCUGAAGCUGGCCAAAGCUAUUUACCGAAAGUACAUCCUUGAUAACAAUGGCAUCGUGUCCAGGCAAACCAAGCCAGCCACCAAGAGCUUCAUAAAGGACUGCAUCAUGAAGCAGCUGAUCGAUCCUGCCAUGUUCGACCAGGCCCAGACGGAAAUCCAGUCCACCAUGGAGGAGAACACCUACCCGUCCUUCCUCAAGUCCGAUAUUUAUUUGGAGUACACGAGGACAGGCUCAGAGAGCCCGAAGCUCUGUAGCGACCAGAGCUCUGGGUCAGGGACAGGGAAGGGCAUACCUGGAUACCUGCCCACUUUGAAUGAAGACGAGGAGUGGAAAUGUGACCAAGAUGUAGAUGAAGACGAUGGCAGAGACCCUGGUCCCCCUGGCAGGCUCACGCAGAAGCUGCUGCUGGAGACGGCUGCCCCGCGGGCCUCCGCAAGUAGACGGUACAGCGAAGGCAGAGAAUUCAGGUAUGGAUCCUGGCGGGAGCCUGUCAACCCCUACUAUGUCAACUCCGGCUACGCCCUCGCCCCAGCCACCAGCGCCAACGACAGCGAGCAGCAGAGCCUGUCCAGCGAUGCCGACAGCCUGUCCCUCACCGACAGCAGCGUGGAUGGAGUCCCUCCGUACAGGAUCCGCAAGCAGCACCGCCGGGAGAUGCAGGAGAGCGUCCAGGUCAAUGGGCGGGUGCCUCUACCUCACAUUCCCCGCACUUACCGAAUGCCAAAGGAGAUCCGCGUGGAGCCGCAGAAGUUUGCCGCGGAGCUCAUCCACCGCCUGGAGGCCAUCCAGCGGACGCGGGAGGCUGAGGAGAAGCUGGAGGAGCGGCUGAAGCGCGUCCGGAUGGAGGAAGAAGGUGAGGACGGCGACGUGUCCUGUGGCCCCCCAGGAGCCAGUCACAAGCUGCCUUCUGCCCCAGCCUGGCACCACUUCCCGCCCCGCUAUGCGGACAUGGGCUGCACCGGGCUGCGGGAUGCGCACGAGGAGAACCCCGAGAGCAUCCUGGACGAGCACGUGCAGCGGGUCAUGAGGACGCCUGGCUGCCAGUCCCCGGGGCCCGGCCACCGUUCCCCUGACAGCGUACACGUGCCCAAGGUGCCAGGGGUGCUGGGGGGCAUAGCUCCCGGGCACGGUAAGCACGCACUCAAGUCGGGGGCGAAGCUGGACGCCGCCGGCCUGCAUCUCCACAGGCACAGCCACCACCAUGGCCACCACGGCUUGGCCAGGCCCAAAGAGCAGGCCGAGGCCGAGGCUGCCCGCCGGGUCCAGAGCAGCUUCUCGUGGGCCCUGGAGCAGCAUGGCCACACGGCCAAACCCCGCAGCCACUCCGAGAGUGUGGGCGCUGCCCAUAUCACCAGCGACGGCCUGACCUACAGCGGGAAGGCGGGCACCACCUGCAAAAGAAACACCAAGAAGGCCGAGUCAGGGAAGAGCAUGGGGGCCGAGGCACCAGGCCCCUCAGAGGACGCGGAGAAGAACCAGAAGAUCAUGCAGUGGAUCAUCGAGGGGGAGAAGGAGAUCAGCAGGCACAGGAAGGCGGGCCACGGAUCUUCCGGGACAAAGAAGCAGCAGGGGCAUGAGAGCUCCAGGCCCCUGUCCAUCGAGCGUCCGGGGGCCGUGCACCCCUGGGUCAGCGCUCAGCUCCGGAACUCCGUCCAGCCCUCUCAUCUCUUCAUUCAAGACCCUACCAUGCCGCCCAACCCAGCCCCCAACCCUCUGACCCAGCUGGAGGAGGCCCGCAGGCGCCUGGAGGAGGAAGAGAAGAGAGCCAGCAAGCUCCCCUCGAAGCAGAGGUACGGGGCAGGGGGAGGAGGAGAGAGCCGGCAAGCUCCCCUCGAAGCAGAGGUAUGGGGCAGGGGGAGGAGGAGAGAGCCGGCAAGCGGGGACAGGUGGGCCAUGCUGGGCACCCACCCCCUGGCAGUACUGGCUUCUUCCUUUUGUCGAGGGCCACCUAGGGCGUGACAGGUGGCCCUGUUGUGUGAUCAGGGCUGGGAGGGCAGCUGGUCACCACUCUGUCCUGGGGAAGGACAGGGCCCCUCCCUCUGACCGUGCCCGCUCUGCUCUGAGUGUGUACUCACCCCGGGGCCCGUCGCGAUGUAGAAGUGCGGGAGGUCACACAGUCGGUUGCACUGGCUGCUGUGCAGGCUGAGCUCAGGGCGGGGAUCCGGCCGCCUCCCUGCACAGCCACCCUUCGAGGAGCCCCGAGCGUGUCAUUGGCUGGGUGGAGGUAGACGGUGCUGAGAUUCGUGUAGACUCUUCUCUGGGGCCCCGGGCCCACAGCCGCUCUUCAUUCGCUCUCCUGGGCCUUGAGGGCUAGAACGUCAACCCGCUGUCGCCGUGGCUGCACACCAGGCCCCGUUCUCUUCUCCAGGGAGUGGGGAGCCCUCCCCUUUGUGGUGGCAGCUUCUCUCAAGGCCGGAAUGUGGCUGUCCCAGGUCUUCCAGGGCCUUGAGGUCAAUUUCCCCGGACGUACUGGUUCCUUCAAAUUCCCAGGUGGAUCAGGGUCUCUGUGAGGGGCCUGAAAGCUGUAUUUCUCCCCCAGAGCUGGGGAUCCUGGUUCCACAAUGGCCACGGUUUGCCUCCGCUGUUACUGGCUCCCUUGCCCAGUUUUCAGUCAGCUGGGCAUCUGGGGUUCGACUCCCCUUACUGUUGGCCUCACUGUGUGUGGGGCGGCCCUGCUCUGGGGGAUCCGGGGUCAGGGUGCAGACCGUCCCCUGUGUCCAUCUCGUCGGCGCAGCCGGAAGCCAGAAUGUGUCCCCCGGGUCAUCGAGGCGACCACAUUUGCGGCCAGCUGUGUCACGCCACGAUCCUGGUCAGUCAGCAGAGUCGUCUCUGGGCAGUAGAUCUUGCCUCAUACUGGGGGACGCGCUCCCGUCUGUCAGGCCUGUGACCCGGAGGCAGCCGGGGCAGCGAGAGGCCGCCUCCUGCUGCGCAGACCACCUGCUGGGCUUCCUGGGGUCGUCGCCGCCCAACUCGGGGGCAGGGCUUGCGUCUUCUUUUCUGCAGGUUAGCAGGGUGGCGUCUUUCUCGCCGGUGACACGAGUGGAGCCACACGGCCUCUGUGCUGCGUGUUCGGGGUGCGAGCCUCCUGCUGGGGUCUCAGCUGGUGGCUGUGGUGUCUCCGCGUGUUGUCAGUCGGGGCUCAUGGCCUUUUGUGAAUGGCUGCAGACCGAGCAGAGGUCUGGAGGCCCAGUAGGGGUGCGGGCCCUCCCUGAGCCCCUCAUGGGUGACCCCUGCCAGGCCGGCCAAAGUAGAGGUCAUCAUCAGGGCCACACAGAAUCAUGCCUGGAGGUGGACAGCCUUGGAGAGCAGUUGCUGGGCAGCGAGCCCCAGGACAGGCCUCCCCAGCUGCUUCGGAUGUGGCAGUGGUCAGGCUCCAGCACCCGAAUCCACGUCGGAGCGCUGAGCGGGCAGAGCCGCACCCACAGAGAGGAGGCGAGGGGCAGACUCUCUCUGGAAGCUCUUCUCAGGGUGGACGAAGUGACGAGAUCCCCAUGCCGCAGAUCAGCGCUUCCCCAAAGUUCUUCCUGGGAACCCAAGGGCUCUGUGACCAGAUGAGGACUCUGGGAACUCCGGAUCCGCUAAAGCCACAGCCGUUCUGACUGGUCCUGACAGAGCCCUUGGUGCUCGAGUCAGCCCUGUGCUCCGCGCUCCGAGGAGGGUUGGUGUGCCGUCUGUCCCACACCGUGGGAGCCUCGUUUGUGGUGAUGGAGCCUCUUGGGGAGCCCCUGCUCCGUCUGCCUGCCUGUCACCCGCUGUCACGCGGAGCGCUGGUGGAGCCCGCUGGGCGUGCGCUCACUGACGCGGUUGUU